GACCAAUGACCGUUGUUUACACACAUAGCAGGUAUUGGUUUAUAUAUGUCAUCAUGUGUCAUGCAUGUGAAUGUGUCAAUCAAACUAACAAACAUGCAACAAAGUUCAGUUUUGACUUUUGUUAAAUGAAAUGUAUUAGGUACCUACCUAGAUUUUAAUUUACUAUAUUCAAUUACAUACAUUUUAGGCAAUAUUUACAACGUUAUUUCAGUCGUGAUAAGUAACAGUUUGUGACAAAAUGCUAGCAGUGGAGAAAAAGUUCGAAAUAGAGAUGAAGUUGAAAAAGGAGAUGAGUAACAUACAGGAGUUGAAAGCGGCGGCCAAUCGCAGCUCAGCCUUGGCCAGUGAUGUUUGUAAUGUACUUGGGGCUUGUGAACAGCGGCUGCAACAGUUGGAGACUGCAGUGCUGCCAUUGUAUGGAGACACGGCUAGGCUACAGCAUAUACAUCACAAUAUGGAGAGAACUGUGAAUGCUCUGGACCAUGUGAUCAACUACUACAUGGUGUCCAGAGAGCAGGCAGACCUUAUUCAAGCAGGACCUCACACUUCUAAUACUGAGUCACUGAACAUAUAUUUGGAGGCCUUGGACAAACUGGCAGAAGCACAGACAUAUUUCAACAAGAAUAAUCCUCAAAGUGUUGAGUUGGAGAAUAUUAAUCAGCUGUAUAACACUGGUGUGCUGAAGCUGGAGAAUGCGUUUGAGGAUAUGCUGAGUAGGCAGACCAGACCUCUGUCUCCCACCACACUCAUGGAUAUGAUUGCCUUAGAAGAUGACUCAAGUGUGGACAGCGUGAGCGUGAGCGGCAGCGGGUCCACGUCGGCGUCGUCGCUGGAGCCGCUGCGGCUGGCGGCCACGUGGCUGAGCGCCGCCGGCCGCGCGCCCAGCGCCGCGCUGCUCAGCUUGCGGGCGCCCGCCGCCAACAACUCCCUGGUUGCCUUCAAGGAUUACCUCCGCUCCCGGUCUAUGGCUGCCUCGCCGUUGAUGAGGGCUAAGAAUAUUCUUAAUCGAUCCGAUAGUACAAAUAGGAGGACAAGCAAAAUUCAGAAAGUAUUAGAGAAACGCGCCAACAAGAUCAUGUUGAAAGCAUCGCAAACGUUGGAACAAUCUACCGGCCUCGCCAUUGGACCGCGGCGAUCUGUCAGCGAAUUAUAUGGCGAGGAAGGUGGUGAAGCCCUCGAGGAAGUGGAAGCGGAGUUGGCCGGUACACUGGCAGCGGCGCUGUGUCGGUUGGCGAGACACGAGCAACGGCAACUGUUGGGUUUGGUCCCGCUGCAACGCUUGCCCGCUGUCAUCUCGCACAUCUUGAAGGAUUGCUUCCAAAUGCUGGCCGCAGAUGUCGAGCGUGCGUGCGCGCGCGCGCGGCGCGGCGCAGCGCGGUGCUCGGCGGGCGCGGCGGGCGGCGGCUGGCCGCUGCUGGCGCGCCUGCAGCGUCUGCAGCCCGACCUCGAGCGCGCGCUCGCGCCCGCCUCGCCGCAGCCCUACACCGCCAUCGUCCUCGCCUGCCAGAACAGCUGUCUCCGCACUCUGGAAGAAUGGGUUGACGGCAUCCGUAACGACUCGGCCGCGGGCGCAGUAGACGGGACAGUACAUCAGCUGUGCGUGGCUGCGCUUGCGCAUUUACACGCCGCACAGCAACAUGUCCAUACUAUUGGGCCGGCGCUGGCGACGGAGCCGACGUACUCACGCGCGUCCUCACAGAUCACUCACACUAACGAUCGAGACGCUGCUUUACUAGCCAUUUACAUGCGCAAGGUGUUGGCUCAUUUGAACUCAGCGCUUCGCACCAAGAGCGAACAGUAUCCAGAGGCGCUCAAAGCGAUAUUUCUGUUGAACAAUACACUCUAUUUGUUACAGGGUCUUCAGCGUACUGGUUUGCUGGACUUGCUGAUGCUAGCGGAGCCUGAAUGUGAAACUACUUACCGCAACAUGAUCCAGGAACACAAGAAUGCUUACCUUCAAAGUUGGAAUAAGCUGAUAGCUCACACAGUGUUGGACGAGGCGUUGCCUGCUAAAAUGAGGGACAAGGACAGACAAGUGUUGAAGGACAAGUUUGCUUCCUUCAAUCGUGAAUGGGAAGAGACUGCUCGUCUCCAACGCGGCUACAGCGUCCCUGAUCCGGAACUGAAGGAGGCUCUGAAGCGGGACAACAAGCAGGCGAUACUCCCUCCCUACACCGCCUUUUACGAACAAUAUGCUUCGCUGCCUUUCUCUAAGAACCCUGAUAAAUAUGUCAAGUAUAGUCCCGUACAGAUCGCGACGCAAUUGGACGGUUACUUCGACGAGGCCGCUUAGUAGUUAAUAUAUUACUAUUCAUCUAUAUGAAUAUGCUGUUUACCUGUGAAUAAUAUUAUCAGUGAUUUGGGGACUCGCUUUUGACCGCUUGCUGAUAAGUAUCUGAUAGCCUUUGUGUAGUAGAUCGAUCAGCGUCAAUUAUGUUUUACCAGUUAUGGAUAGGACUAGGCAAUUGCCAGUUAGCCCUAUCCAACACUUGUAUACAUAAUUAACGCUGAUCGAUGUGUUACAUAUAGUCUUAUCUAUAAAUAAAUAAAUAUAUUAGGACAAAUCACACAGAUUGAGCUAGCCCCAAAGUCAGUUCGAGACUUGUGUUAUGAGAUACUAACUCAACGAUACUAUAUUUUAUAACAAAUACGUAUAUAGAUAAACAUCCAUCUAAGACCUGGGCCAAUCAGAAAAAGAUCAUUUUCCAUCAUGACCCGACCGGGGAUCGAACCCGGGAUCUCUCGGUUCAGAGGCAAGCACUUUAUCACUGCGCCACCGAGGUCGUCUAUCAGAUAACAAUAAAGUGAAAGUUGUGUAACUGACCCUUGAAAUUGUUUCUGUCGGAGUUAUAUUAGUAAGUAGACGAUACGAUUUGGCUGAUGCAGGUCGACAGAACGGGACGCGCUUAGUUUCUCUCUCUCUUUUGUAUACCUGCAUCCUUUUCUGUCGGUCGACGUCUGCCAAAUAGGAUCGUCACGAAUAAAAUACAGAUAUAACAUUGUUAUUCUAUAAAUAUAUAAAUAAAUAUUUAAAAUUGUUACAUAAAAGGUAGUAUGUAUUAAAAAAAUGUUUCAAAUAAUAACAUUUAUUACAGCUACAAAGAAUCAAUCAGUGUUCUUCUUCUUUUUAUGCUUUUUCUUCGGCCACUGGAAGAGAAAUAAAAUUUUCAUGACAUUCGAGAACACUUUCUUAGUUACACAAAUCUAUCUGAUACGCUCAUUAAUAUUUUGUCCCGCAAACAGAAUUUUAGACGUAAUUUAAAGUUAUAAAAACGCCUAUUCACUUUGCAGUUUCACUAGCAUUCUGCCAAGGAUUCUGCCUUAUAUGGGUGUUACAAAAUAACUGUAUAUUAAGCCCCUCAUCAAUUAUAGACAUACGAAGUUUUAAGAUACGCUGCCUUGGGUGGAUUUUUUAGGCGAAGUUUGCCUUUGGUGGAUUCUAUAUGCGAAGGUACCUAAUAAAAUAAUAAAAUAAAACACUUCUAAAAAGUAAUCGUUAGAUACGUUCAUUAUAAUAAGUGUUAAUUCGCAUAAACGAUACCCAAGAUGACCUACCUUACCACUUCGUAUCAAGUCAUGACCUCAAUUUAUGUAUUUUUGCAUCCCUUACCAGUCGCACGUCAGAUUGCAAAGUAAGAAGGCGUUUUAAGUUUGAAUUAUAAUCAGGCUAACAUACAACAUUGUAUCUGUUAAUAUCGCCAAUUUCGACAUUGUUCUUACAGUCGAAAAGGUGCUUUUUUAGCGGAAAUGGAGACUUCAUGCGACGCGACUGUUGCAGUCCUCCGUAACCAUUACCCGCCCAAUUUAGCUUCUACUCGUAAUAUAUGCCGCCAUUUUUUAAUUUUUGUAACGCAAAAUUAUAUUAUGCAAGCAUUCAAGAUAUCAGAUAGAUUUGUCAUGUUUUUGUAAUAGGCAGUGGUCUAAAAUCGAAAAUUUGAUGUUAAAACACCAAUUUAUAUGUUUUGUCAGAUUUCUGAUCGCUGCCUUGCACGUUGCAAGUUAUAAAUUUGCAGAAAAUGAAGCUAAUUUAAAUUAUAAAAAUUAUUUGAUUUAAUCUAUAUAUUUGCAUUAUUACUAAAACUGUAAAAUGCCAAAUGAUAUGAUAUAUUAAUAUUUAUAUUUAUUUUCUGCACAUUUAUAGACAUUCAUUUAGACAUUUAUUGAAAACGUUAGCGGACAUCCAGGCUUGAACAUUAAACAUUUAUUGUGUGUAUGAGAUCGUCCACAAACGUAUUACAUGUCAUUCAUCAUGAAACGAUAGAUAGCACAGACAACUCAUACAGUACAAUCAACAACUAAUUGUCUAUGAUAAUACUAUCUAACGCAGACAAGAAAAUACUAAUAUAUUUUUGUGUGGACGAAAUUCAGAUGAUAUUUGGUAUUAAUAAUGUUAUAGAUAAAAUCGGAGAGAUCACAUCUAAAAACUUAGUAAAUAUACAGUUAUUUAUUUUCUCUGUUGCCCGAUCUCUGUUAUAACAUAAGAUUAUAUAAAAGUAAUGUACGAUAAUAUUGUUGAUUGUAUUGUAAAUUUGAAGGUAUGCAUUUAGCAUAUAGUAUAAAUUAAUCGGUUCAGUAGUCCAUGGUACACUCACGAAUAAGAUAAAAAUUUAGUAAUACUAGUGUAUAUAAUACUGGUUACUAUUUAUACUAUAUUAGCAAUGUUAUUAAUAUAUAUAAUAUGGUUUCUUUACCUUUCUUUAUCUUUUUGAAAUAUAUCUUUUACUGAA